AUGCUGAGGACCAAGACCCCGCGGCCGCGCGGCGGCAAGGCGCGCCGCGCACCCGGGGCCGCCUCGGCGGUCAAGCCCGCCAAGGCCGAGGGGAGGUCGCCGUCCGGGGAGCUCUCGCUGCAGCUGGAGCACGUCUCCCUCAUCUCCUUCCUCUCCGACGGCCGCCCCGCCGCCCCCGCCGGCGGGCUCACCCCCUUCGAGGCGCUCCUAGAGGAGGAGGAUGGUGAUGCGGAGGGGUUGGGCUGCUACCGCGCCGAGCCGACCCCGCCGCCGCCGCUUCCCCAGCCGCAGUCUAUGCCCCCGCCGCCGCCGCCGCCGCAGCUCCCACAUGCAUCGCCGAUGGACGCGGACGAAACCAUGGAGGAGAAGUAUUGCUGCAUCCUCAGCCAGGAUUUCUUCUGCACCCCAGACUACAUCACGCCGGAGAUGCCGCAGGUGGCCAACGAGUUCGACGACGACAAGGAGAACAUCCCUUGCCCCAAAUCUCCGGAGAAGUCAGCGAACCCUCGGAGCAAGCGGUACAGAACCGAUUGUUCUCCCAAAGGUCUGGAAUCCACAGACUUUUCCUUCGACCAUCAGAUUACUCCGGUUCCGUUUGACAGUCUGACUCGAGAUGAUUCGGAAGAACAGCCGAUGCAGCCUGUGCUGGAAAAGAGGGGUGGUUAUGUCUCCCAGUCAGCAGUGGCUCUGCGCUGCCGGGUGAUGCCUCCACCAUGCGUCAAGAAUCCAUACCUCAAUACUGAUCCAUACAUAGAUGAUGCUGUUUACGGUGGGAGGCAAUGCAACUCAGCAGGGUUUUCUCCUUCAAUUGGUGGUAAUGGCCUUUCACGCUACCGAACUGAUUUCCAUGAAUUAGAGAAAAUUGGUUCUGGCAACUUCAGUGUUGUGUUCAAAGUUCUGAACAGGAUAGAUGGGUGCUUGUAUGCUGUUAAACGGAGUAUCAAGCAAUUGCAUAAUGAUAUGGAAAGGAGGCAAGCAGUGAAGGAAGUCCAAGCUAUGGCAGCCUUAGGUUCUCAUGAGAACAUAGUUAGAUAUUUCACCUCUUGGUUUGAGAAUGGGCAACUUUAUAUUCAGAUGGAACUCUGUGAUCGCUGUCUAUCUAUGAAUCGGAACCAGCCACUGAAGCGUGGGGAAGCCCUGGAACUGCUGUAUCAGAUCUGCAAAGGCUUGGAUUUCAUGCAUGAACGUGGCAUAGCACACCUUGACGUGAAGCCUGAUAACAUAUAUGUCAGAAAUGGUAUUUAUAAGCUCGGAGAUUUUGGUUGUGCUACACUUAUUAACCGGGGUUUGGCAAUUGAAGAUGGAGAUUCACGUUAUAUGCCUCCGGAAAUGCUAAAUGAUAAGUAUGAGCAUCUUGACAAGGUUGAUAUCUUUUCUCUUGGGGCAGCUGUCUAUGAGCUAAUAAGAGGCACCCCACUUCCUGAGUCUGGGCCUCAUUUCACAAGCAUUAGAGAGGGUAAGAUCGCAUUACUUCCAGGGUGCCCAACACAGUUUCAAAGUUUAAUUAAGUCUAUGAUGGAUCCUGAUCCGGUGAGCCGGCCUUCAGCAAAGGAGAUCCUGAGGCACCCCUCCUUCGAGAAGCUCCGCAAGGCCCCUGCGAAGCACGCUACAGCGACGCCCGCCUCCUGCACGGCCACCGAGAGGAGCCCGCUGACACAUCGCGAAAGAGUCCUAGAUCGCCGCCUAGUUCCCGACAAAGGAGAAGGUGCCACCCGUGGCCUCCACGGUGGCAUGCAUCGCGGCGGCGGCGUGGUCCGUGUCAAAGCCGAACAUCAUCGUGCCGCGCAACGCCGCUGCACCUUGCAAGGGCAGCUCCACUGGCGUGCCAGCUCUGAUAAGUGUUCGUUUCUGACCAUGCAACCUCUCAUCCGGAUUGGAUUGGUUUCGGCUGUUGCUUGCUCCAGGAAGGCUUUAGCUGAUCCAUAUUUUAGUGGGCUUUCUAAAUUGGAACUUGAGCCUUCAGCGCAACCAAUUUCAAAGGUUGACUUUGAAUUUGAGGGAAGAAAACUAACAAAGGUGGGUGUAAGAGAAAUGAUAUAUCGGGAGUGCAAACAGAUUUUGGAGUACCAUCCACAGAUGCUUCAGGAGUACAUCGAAGGUGGAGAGCAGUUUCACUUCCUAUAUCCAAGGCCAUGGCCAUCUCCGACCGAGACAGGCGAGAUAGAGGCGCAUGCGAUCGCGAGAAGUGGCGAAUGCGGUAGGGUAGCUAGGCGGGGUUGGAGAAGAGGAGGAAGGGGCUUUCCAUGGCGCCCGAGCACGGCGGCGCCAUGGCCAACGGUGGCGGGGCUUGAGACGGCUCUACCUGAGCUCACCAGUUGGGGCAAACACGAGCACGACUUGAAGGAGAGCGAGGCGGAGCUGCGGGCGCGUGAUUACUGGCUGAGGUGGAGGAGCCGCGGCAGAUUUCGCCGGUGGGUGCGGUGGCGCAUGCCAGUGGCAGAUGAAAGCGCUGGUGCUUGCGGAUGGGAGAAGCAGCAUGAGCGAGCGAGCGAAGAUGACCGGCUUCGGCAGAUGAAGUGA